AUUAUAGUUAAGCUAGGUAGCUUUUUCCCCCAUCAUGUUACGCUACUGAGCAUUUGAAUUGCGGCGCCGCUUGUUACGUGUCAUUCGUAGUGCUGUACUGUGUAAUUUUUGGUGUCCUGUGUUUUCCGUCAAUUUGAAGGCUAAACAUAUGUUUAUAUUAUGACUAAUUUAUUUAUUUUGUUUUGUGGUGUUUUUAUGCCUUUUUCGGAUUUGAUUUACGAGUCUAUCAAUCUGAAGUUCUGAUUAUUUAUUAUUUCUUGUUGGUUAGUUUGUUUUGUUCAUAUUAUCUAUGCCUAGGCUUAGCAAAUAGGAGUUGUGUUUUGAUGCAUUUGUGUGGUACUUGGUGUGAGAUUUGCUGAUUCUGCAUUAUUUCUAUCAGUAAUCAGUGUCUGAUAAAAAGCUUUAAUUUGUAAUUAGUGUUAGUGAAUUAUCAAGUCUAGAGUUCAAGAUGUGAGUAUAUUUCAAAGACGUAUGAUUUUUCCAAGGAAUUCAGAUAUUUUCACUUUUGUUUAAAUUAGUGGCCAUACACAUUAUUUUACUAUGGCUUGUUUCCAUCAUUUAUUGGCCAUUUACCAUUACAGUUCUUAUAUGCUACAGGCAUUUUCUAUAAAUUAUACAAUAUAUUUAUAAGGAAAUGUCUUGAGUGAUUAUCUGACCUAAUUGUUAUAAUACACCCUAAGAAUAUACUAAUUGUAUUAAACACAAAGUAACCUUAUGUCCUUCAAAAUACUGUCCACUACAACUAAUACACUUGUCCCACCAAUGCUUCCAUUGCUCGAAACAUUUUUUAAAGUCUUCCUUAGAAAUGACUGACAGCUCCUCCCAUGUUUUUUUCUUGACCUCUUCAAUGUCGCCAAAGCGGCGUCCUUUCAUGCCCCUUUUCAUCCGUGGAAAUAAAAAAAAGUCGCAUGGAGCCAGGUCAGGCGAAUAAGGUGCGUGAUGCAGUGGAUCCAUUCAAUUUUUAGCCAGAAAUUGUCGAACAGAGAUGGCUGUGUGGGCAGGUGCAUUAUCGUGGUGGAAGAACCAGUCUCCUGACUGCCAGUUUAUGGACGUCCAGAGCGAGGUUUGUCAUCACUCGACAUGUCGCCAUUUUUAAAUCCUGCACUCGUACACCUGACUUUUUCCCAUAGCAUCAUCUUUGUAAGUUAUUUUCAACGUUAAAACAGUUUCAGCAGCAUUUUUACCAACUAGAAAGCAACAUUUCACAGCUGCACGUUGCUCGCUUAAGCUUGCCAUCGUAAAAAACGAAACAAGUACGAAACAGCUCUAGCAGAAAUAAUGACUACAGAGGAACGAAACAAGCCAGAUCGACAACUCAGGUGGCACUGAACUGGUAAUGAGUUACGCUGUACGCCUCUAGGGGAAGAAAUGUGUACUACACAAGCUCCGCCCACUACAGUGCUAUUCCGGUUAUUUUUGGGUAUCUCCUCGUAUGUUUAGAUUUACAAUUCACAAAAGGGCAGAUAAAAAAAUCCCCUUCAGUUGGCGAUCCAAUAAAAUCUACCAGUGUGAUAAGCAUCAACUUUUGUCUUUUUCUCAAGCAUUUUCUUCUCAUUUUUUACCUUUUUCUCCACAGUUACUGGACUCAUUUCCAAACACUCAAGCUUUCCAGUCCUUGGCAUAAUAGUAACCUUUUGUGAAAAUUUCAUCCAAAUCCGAGCAGUACUUUCCAAAUUAUAGGCGAGCCUGGGAUUAGUGGACAGACAGACCAACAGAAAUGAGUAAAGCCCGCCACACUUUGUCGAAUGCGAUUGCUGUACGACUUUGUCGAAAAUUGGAUAAGGAAACACAUGUCUAAAAUCUAGUUUUAGCGGAUCUUGCAUUUUGUAUUACUAAAAGUAAAAAGAAAAAUCAGAAACGUAGAUGGUGGCGUAAAAAUUGGUUUCUUAAACGGCAUACGGCGAUUCUAUUAUCCAAAGGCAUUCUUGCUCUUUAUAUAAUUCAAAAAAUUCUCAUUGUAAGCCAUUUCUACAAAUAUGCGUAGACAGAGAAUUAUUAUUAAAAUGUGCCAAAUUUGGGUUGUUUUUACGUGUGUGUUGCUGUUUGCCGAACCUAAAUCAUACAAUGGAAUCGCAGAGUGUUGUACUACUGCAGACUGACUUGUUUGUCUUCGGUCAAAUCAUACCGACUUGAUUGGAUAAUAAAAAUACACGAUGAAAUUGCGUUCGAUUUUGUCGCAUUCGACAAAAUCGCACUGCGGCGUUGGUUCGUGAGUGGUGGGCGUAACAUGGUUUUUCUUAAUGUACAUAUCAUAUAACAUCCAAAAACAUAAUAUCUCAUUUUUGAUUUUUUUCACGACUCUGAUUCUUCCUGGACGAUAGGAAAGUAAAAACAGAUCAAAUGUUAUUUUAAGUACAUCUGAUUAGUACACUAUCGUCACCUGAUUUUUAACAGCAGACCAGAUAACAGACAAACCAAUCAAGACAUCUACAUUGAAGAAGCAUGAAAUACCAUAUAGCUUCUUCAAACCAUUAAUUUCAUCUGGAAUGUAUGCAUUGUUAAUUUGUUCGUUCCAUUAGUGAAUUUUUGGUAGCUAGGUAACAUGAUAUUCAUUUGUUUGGAUGAAUGUAUUUGACAGUCUGAUAGUCAGAAAUUCAUUGUUGAAAAUAACUGAUUAUAUUUAUUGUUGAAAUGAUAAAUUAUUCAGUCUGUAAAGAGCAAAUGCAUUAUUUUGUUUCAGUAGGGUAAACAUGACAAUCGAGAGAUGUUCACCUGGACCAGACUUGGAAGAAAGCGCUGAAACUGGCGAUUUGAAAAUUGUCAGAUUAGACAAAAUCGUAAGCCACGCGAAGGGAGGUGAAGAAGUCUUCAUCUUUGUUGAGAGAGUGAAAAAAAAUAAUAUUCAAAUACGUUUUUUCGAAACUGACGACCAUGGAAAGACAAUAUGGCAAGAACUUGGGAAAUUUACACCCAUGGAUGUACACCAUCAAUAUGCUAUUGCUUUUAAGACCCCACCAUAUAUCGAUCAAGACAUCAGAGAACAGGUUGAAGUAUAUAUGGAGCUGUACCGGCCAAGCGACAGUGCCCGAUCGGAUCCGAGAACCUUCCGAUACAUCCCGAACAAGUCCGCGCCAGGCAGCAAAAGGAAGCGAUAUGACUAUUCAAACUCUAAUUCAAGUAUUGGUAGUCUGAAUAUCCCCGAUUUCAUUAGAGGAUCUGACUCACAGCAGUCACUGCAGAUUUAUAAUCAGCUGGACGAAUUUUUACAAAAAGCAACGUCUGACAUAGAGUCGGAGGAAUUUGCCAGACUGUAUGGAAGUUUCGAUAAGGAUUUCUUAGCGGAGCUUUUUGGUGAUGGUAAUGACAAUGAUGAUGAGCAUCGCGUAGAUGCAAUGACACCUCGUGCCGGAAAAGCAGUAUCACGAUCGAGGCGUACUACUGGCAGAAAUGCGCCAUCUGUUCAAGGAAUAAAACUGGAGGUUACAGAGGAGGAAAAGAGGUUGGCAGAGACCGUUUUAAGUGAGAUUCGAGGCCUCAGUAAGGUCAAGCAUAACAAAAAAGACGAAGAAGCCAUGCUAAAUGACAAAUUCGGCAAGGAGGGCGUUACGAACGCAUUGCACGUUCUUAUCUGUCGGAAUAUGUUCAAGGAGGUGUGCUCCCUAAUUCAACUGAUUUAUCAUUAUGACAAAAACGAUUUAAUGAACAUUAAGAACAGCGCAUCUCAUACUUAUUUGCACUUGGCGGUACUUUGUCAAAAUGCAUUAAUUGUGAAACUACUAUUGCGUUACAACGCAAACGUGUAUGUGCUUAACGAGGAGUGUCAGACUCCCUUACAUCUUGCUGUGAAGACCAAUGCACCUUUAGAAAUCUUGGAAGCAUUACUUCAGAACAGAGAACAUGAGCAUGUUAAAAACUAUGUGGAUAGGCCUGAUAAAGAGGGUGAUACGGCUCUGGUGAUGGCUAUCCUAAGUGAAAAUUUGCCAGCCAUCAAGCUUUUAUGCAAACACGCAGACGUAAAUAAGAAGCACGACAAGAAUGGUUUUGUGCCAUUGAGAUUUGCUGUAGAAAAACAACAUGUUGAGAUAGUGCAGUACCUCCUAGAUUUGAAUGGGGUAGAUCCUGAAAUUCAAGAUUUUUGCAACAAAACAGCAAUUGAUGCCGCAAUGACGAAAAAUGCCGAACUUGCCGAAGUCAUGAAAGAUUAUAUCAGGAAAAUUGGGAUUCCUUUUCUUCAUACUGAAAUCAAGGAGGAAGGCGAAGAUUAUAAGGAAGAGGAUGAGGAUUUUUCCGAUAUAGAGGAAGAAAUAGUGGAGGUAAAACCAGAAUUUCCCAAAGAACAGCUACCAGAUAUAUACGAAAACAUUGAUGAUUUCACACCAGAAUGCCUGGAUCUAGUUUCAGACAUUCUAGAACAAAGUGGUCGAGUACGUGACCUCGCCGAGCUAUUAGACAUUACACAUGUUGUCGAUAAUUUUAGAUUUAACACCGGACGAGAUAAUAUCAGUAAAUGCAUUCUGAGAUAUGCCGUUAAUGUAAGUAUAUCAUUAUCUGCACACUGCAUGUGAUAAUCUUAGUGACAAGAUAAGGCUUUAUGUACUUGAGUGUGGUAUCAAGGGGUGAAGUAGCAUUUUAGGCGGCGAGAUAAGCUGCUAUAAAAAUAACGAAACUUUUAAUAAUAUUGUCAUUUAAAUAUAAAAUUAUCUUUUUUGCUCAUGUCGGAUCAAUGUCAAGAAUGCUAAAUGUAGAGACUUAUGAAUUUUUGUAUAUCUAAGGUGGAUUCUACAGUGGAUCUUUUUUGAAAGCAACUACUUCGUCCAAAAUAUAUCGUAAAGCGUUCUCAUUACAAUGAAUAUACUAUUUUCAUAGUUUGCAUUCACUGUAUCCAGAAAUGAAUCAGUCGUUUCAAAAACCUAUGAGUCACACAGUUUGAAUUUUUCAGGAGGCAAAAACUGUCAUUCAGGAAUAAACGAGUUUGUUGUAGGACUUCCAGAUAUUUAAAAAAAAAUCUGAAAAUACCAAUAUACUACAUACUACAAGGUCCGGCAAAAUGAUCUCCCAC